ACUCCACAGUUUGCAGUAUGCAGAUUAUGCCACUCAUGGUAAUCCACUGUGUCCUUUUAAUCCUACUCAGAGUGACGUUUUCCGUGACUCCUCCCCUCCUGGUCCUCUCUCCUCCUGUUGUCUCCUCUGCCACUACGACUAAUUCUCUCAUUCCGUCUGCCUAAGCGUUGGUGAAGCUGCAGAGAGACGCUUGUAACCAUGGCUGCUACUGGGUCUUUCCGUAUGGUGUCAGAGGAGGAGCAGGCCAUGCGCUCCAAGCUGGAGCAUUUGACAGUGAAGGAUCACGGGCCGGUGUUUGGGCCGUGCCAAAAACUGCCUGGCCACACUGUGCAAAAGGCAAAGGAUGAGCUGAAUGAGACGGAUGAGAGCCGGGCGUCGUCGCUGAAGGACCUGCGGGCCAUGAUGAAAGAGAAAGCGGCGGCCGGGGACGACCUGGCCAAACUGAUGCUGGAGCGCUUCGGGGACGAACCCGACUCCCUGCUGCUGCGCUUCCUCAGAGCCCGCAAGUUUGACGUCGUCCGAGCCCACGACCUCAUGAGAGGCUACAUGCGCUUCAGGAAGGAGUAUCCUGAGCUGUUUGAGAACCUGACCCCCGAGGCGGUCCGCAGCACCAUCGAGGCGGGCUACCCGGUGGUUCUGCCCAGCAGAGACAAGUAUGGCCGCGUGGUCCUGCUCUUCAACAUCGACAACUGGGACCUGGAGGAGAUCACGUUUGACGAGAUCUUGAGAGCAUACUGUGUGAUCCUAGAGAAGCUGCUGGAGAAUGAAGAGACCCAGAUCAACGGCUUUGUGCUGAUUGAGAAUUUCAAGGGCUUCACCAUGCAGCAUGCCUCGGGGAUCAAGCCGAUGGAGCUCAAGAAGAUGGUGGACAUGCUGCAGGACUCCUUCCCUGCCCGUUUCAAGGCGGUCCACGUUACCCACCAGCCCUGGUACUUCACCACCACCUACAACGUGGUCAAACCGUUCAUGAAGAGCAAACUGCUGGAGAGGGUCUUCGUUCACGGUGAAGAGCUGGACAACUACUUGAAAGAAUUUGAUGCGGACAUCCUGCCGGCAGAUUUUGAUGGGAAAGCCUCUGUUGCCGACUACCAGGCCGUCACCACCAAGCUCUUUGGCUCCGAAGACACUGCUCUCUGAAAAACAACAAAUCACUCAUGCCAUUUCAAACCCAAGAGUUAUAGUGUCCUUCACCCUAGGUGCUUCUUUUUGAUCACAUCAGAUACGUGCUCUAUUUUGACGCUAGGUUGAUAUAUUUUAUUCUUAUUCAGGCAGUUCCUAUGAGCAAAAAGAGGUCAGGAGCAGAGGAUGGUUUUCGCAAAAAAGCGUAAUACUAUAGGAAUGAGAACAGAGAAGGAUGUUUAGAUGUUACAAAGAGAAUAACUGAUGGUUAAUGCUUGUGAUUUUAUAGUUCUGCUCCUCUUCUGAUUAUUUUUCUUGUGCCUGUACAAGCAGACGGAGGAUGAUGAGAGAGUUGGUAACGCGAUGACGUAGCUCACAACCAGAACGGGGUCAGCCCGCGUUUGGUUCGGUGUUCUUUGCCUUAAACAUGUAUUUCACAACGUACAGAAGAGCAUUGGUGCCUACAGUCCUGUCAGAUGAAAAGAGAACAGAAGUGCAUUAGUCUCUCGAGAGUGAAUUUAAGAAAGGUAUGAGGAGGGAAAACUGAUGAACGGAUCAGCCUGCAUUUGAUUGUUGUUCUGGGAGCAGGGGCCCCCCGAUGCACUGCCAUGGGAACAGCCUCGUUUGUGUUGUUACACUCAGACCCCUGAUUUACCACAAAGAUCCAUUCUGCAGUGUGCAUUGGAUUGUCAAAUUUCAAUAAAAUAGUUUUUUUUUCGUG